UUCAUUGGGUAAUGGCAGGGUGUACUUUGCGUAGUCUAGAGACGUCAAGAUCUUUUCUGAGGUUAGCCUAUAUUUUCGCUAUAGGAUUUGAAAUAUUCUGCACUUACACGGUGAAUGAUCAUCGUGAGUUUUUUAUUGUCGAAUAUUAUAUGUUUUGUAUCAUAUAAAAUUGAACAAAUUCGAUAAAUCGAAAAUGAUCGAUUUAAGUCCAAUCUAAUACAGUCGAUACCUGAAAACAUCCAUCUGCAAUCGCAUUUUUACCUAUAUGUAACUAUAAUUGUAAAAAUUUGCUGUCACGAAAACUAACAAGAAUUUCGUUGACCUCUUGUAAAAGAGAGUUCGUGUUUAACAAAUUUUACAUUUAAUAAUUACCAACAUGAAUUUCGAGAGGAUGAUUAAUAGAAACAUUUUUCGUAAGAUCAGACAAUUAGAAUCUUUUUCAAAAACAAAUAUAUUUUCAAACUCUUCCAAACCUCCUCAGAUUGCUAGAACGUCAACAACUUUAUGCGGUAUUAAUCGAUGUUUAAAUUCUAAUACAAUAACAAAUGGAAAUAAUAAUUUUCUAACAAAGUUCCCAGCAAGCAUUGGUUUACAACAAAGUCGUAAUGUAGCAACACCUGCAGGUGAUCAUGUACGAUUAUGGGUUUUCGAAAAAGUUGUAUCUGUGGCACUUCCCGUUGUAAUUCCUCUUGCUUUUGUGAUGGAAAAUGCAGUUCUUGAUGGGAUUAUGUCUGUUUUAGUUGUAAUACACACUCAUUGGGGUUUGGAAGCUGUUAUCACAGAUUAUGCACGUCCUAGAGUUGUUGGGCCACUGUUACCAAAGGUUUUACAUGCUACUUUGAUUUUGCUUUCUGUAGCUACUCUAGCUGGUUUAUUUGUACUUAUACAUAAUGGUCCUGGUGUUGCAACAUCAGUCAAGAAUUUCUGGGCAAUUGGUAAAGAAAAGUCUUCAAAAUAAAAGCCAAAGUAAUUUUUAUUGUCUGCUUUAUUAGGCUAAUGUAGGAUAUCAUAAUUUAAUAUCUUGUAAAGUAUACAAAAAUAAAUUAUAUACCUUUAAA